AUGACCAUGAACAGGUUCGUUAAUGUUCUGCCAUUGAUGAUGGCAGUGCUGAUGCUGCUGGCGGCGCUGGGUUCGGCACGGCGUAUCGAAGACAAGAAAUGGACCGGCGGCGAGCUGGCCGCCGCCUCCGGCGACCAUCCUAUCAUACAGUUUGCCAAGCACCUGUACCUGCAGCGACUGCAAGCAGGAGCACAUACCUCGUGCGGGACUUUUAGCCCACAGAAUCCGAAUUGCCAUCACGGCUGA